CCCGUGAUGAACUGUCAGAAAUCAGACUGACGUUUUGAGGGUUAUAUUCUUAUUUUUAAUUUUCCUCUCGAACACACCUACAUUUAAAUCAUUGCACUUGAGUAUUUUUUCGAUAAUUCUUAAGUACUUUCUGAUAAAGUAUUGUGGAAGAAAAAACGGAUGAUCUUUUCGUUAUUACGCAAGAGAAGCACCUUCAGUAAAAUUUUUAAAAUUGACUUACAGCAAAAACAAUUUGUUAGAAUGGAGAAAAGCGGUCUCAGCCCUUUGGAUCCCAGUUCAUUUGCCAGACCAGAGUUGGUCGUUGUCACAAAUAUCUUUAUCAACUUGAAUGUAAACUUCCAUACAAAAGUUCUAGCUGGAUAUGUUACUUUAGAUGUGAAUAAAACUGAUGAUUCUGCUAAAGAGCUUGUAUUGGAUACGUUGAAACUCAAUAUUUCAUCAAUAUAUGAUGCAGAAAAUGAAGAAAAAUUGGAAUAUAAGAUUGGUGAAGAGAUCCCAGAAUAUGGUUCAAAACUAACUAUACAACUUCCUGACAAGGAAUCAAACAGUUAUAAAAUAGGAAUAAAGUAUGAUACAGAUCCAUCAGCAAGUGGCCUGCAAUGGUUGCAACCUAGAGCUACAGCUGGGAAAAAACACCCGUUCAUGUUUACUCACUUUGAACCCACCCAUGCUAGAUCAGUAAUUCCAUGUCAAGAUACACCUGCGGUGAAGACUAAAUACAGUGCCACAAUCUCUGCCCCACCAGAAUAUACUGUGUUGAUGUCAGCUAUAUGCAAUGGAUCCAAGACUCUCCAUGGUGGAAAACUUUCUCACUUUGUUCAAAAUGUUCCAGUACCUUCAUACCUCAUUGCAUUGGCUGUUGGUGUAUUAGAAUCAAGAACAUUAGGUGCCAGGACCCAUGUUUGGGCUGAAAAAGAAAUCAUUGAAGAAUGCGCUUAUGAAUUUGCCGAAACUGAAAAGCAGUUGGAAACUGCUGAGGCAAUAUGUGGUCCUUAUGAAUGGGGAAUCUAUGAUUUGCUGGUGUUGCCUCCAAGUUUUCCAUUCGGUGGGAUGGAGAACCCUUGUUUGACAUUUGUAACACCAACUUUGCUGGCAGGCGAUAGAUCGUUAGCAAAUGUGGUAGCUCACGAAAUAGCUCACAGUUGGACUGGUAAUCUAGUAACAAAUCGAAAUUUUGAGCACUUCUGGUUGAAUGAAGGGUUCACAGUUUUUGUUGAGCGAAAAAUUAAAGGAAGGUUAGAAUCACCGCAGAGUCAAGAUUUAGAUGCUUACUCGCAUGUCAGUGAACUGAAAGAAACGGUCGAACAGAUUGGAAAAGAUAAUCAGUUAACACAGUUAGUUGUAAAUUUGAAAGGGGUACAUCCAGACGAUGCUUUUUCACAGGUACCUUACGAAAAAGGUCAAACAUUUCUCAGAUAUCUGGAAAACGUGGUUGGAGGGUCAGAUGUCUUCGAACCCUUCUUACGAAAAUACUUUGAAACUUACAAAUACAAAUCUAUCGACACGAACGACUUCAAGAACUAUUUCGAAAGGCACUUCAGCGAAAAUGCUAACAUUUCUUCAAUAGAUUGGGAGGCUUGGUUGUACACGCCGGGAAUGCCUCCUGUCAUUCCCGAUUACGACAAAUCUUUGGCUGUUUUUUGUGAUGAGCUUCUGGAAAAGUUCCUCAAAUGGAAUGGAGAGGGUCAGAUUCCAAUUACCACCAGCGAAAGAGAUCAGAUGAGCUCUGCACAGAAAAUCUAUUUCUUGCAAGCUCUUUCUGUAGCUGAACCGCAAAGCUUGGAAAAACUGAAAGCUUUGGAUGAAUUGUUUGGACUUGAUGGGAUUAAAAAUUCCGAAAUAAAAUUCAGGUGGUUGAAGAUUUGCCUGAAAGCCCACUGGGAAGAUAAAGUGGACACAGCUCUGUCAUGGGUGAACAUAGUUGGAAGAAUGAAGUUUGUGAGGCCUUUAUACAGAGAACUGUACAACUGGGAAGAUACGAGACAGAGAGCGAUAGAAAACUUCAAACUCAAUAGGGCUAACAUGAUGCACGUUUCAGCAUAUACAGUUUCAAAAGAUUUGCACAUCGAAGCUUGAAGCAUCUGCUAAUGUGAUUUGAUAUAUUUAUAUUGAAUGAUUUAUAUUCCAUUUUAUAACAAAUAAAUUCUAAUCGCAC